AUGGACGAUGGCGGCGCGAGUUAUUUCCACUGGCGGGGGCGCCGAGCCUGCCGCCUCCGCCGCGGCGCCGCGCCACCCACACAGGCGCGCGUGACGUCAGCCGCCGUGACGUCACGGCGACAGCGAAAAGGGAGGGGCGCGGGGAGGGCGCCGCGCGCUGGAGGGGGCGCCGGAGGGGGCAUCGAUCGCGGCGGCGCUGCCGCCCCUCGGCGCGGCGCGGCGCGGUGCGGCUACGGAGAGCUGCCGGCGCAGUCGGCCGCCGUUGCGUCAGCUGACGCGCCGUACGCUACGCGGCCGACCGGAGGCUCGGAGGCAGGCGACGGCGCGCUUAAUCGUUCAUGCCGCUACCGCCGCGCCGUGGAAAAAAAGACGAGGCGGGCAGGUAGCCAGGGCGGCGCUGCUCCUGGGACGACGCGAUCUCGUUUUAAACCGGGCCUUUCUUCGACAAAGGUGAGCAGGGCAGGGGAGGCCGACAAAAAGGGGCCGUCACCACACGCGGAAGGCGACGACACUUCACGCCGCGCGCCCCCACUGGCUGUGUCCUUGUAG